AUGAAAUCGUCAACAAGCACAGUGGCUUCGCUAAAGCCGCUCAGAGUAUUUUCUAAAAGCAAGCUAUUGAAAGAGAAAGGAAGCAGCACGCCGGAAAAGGGUGCAAAAGAGUAUUUGAAGGAGCUUAGUCGGUAUUUGAAGGAACUGUCCAGCUUGGACAGCCGGAUUAGAAAGAGAAGCUCCCUGCUGUCAACAAACUACAGCGAAAUCAGCAGUGUUUCGUCUUCAAAGGACCCGCACAUGCUCCAGAAGAUCCUAAGGCUCAAGCUGACGCUUCUGAUUGAGCGAAAGGACCGGCUCCUGGAAGAGAUCAGCAGCGUGCACUCGUCCCUUAUGGCGCAGAAGAGCCAGAUAGUGUCCAGCCUUGAGUCAGGCCGGCCCAGCCAGUCCUUCAGCCUGUACUCCUCGUCGGAAAACAGAGUCAGUCUCGCAAGCAUUCAAAACUCGCUGAACCAGAAGGUGCUUGAGCACUACUCCAAGUACAACCAGGCGCUGCAGGAGGUAGAAGAGCUUGUGAAAGACUCUUCAAUCAGCAAAAGCGACAGAAAGGCCAUCUUCUCUAUCCUUUUCCCGACACACUCAAACGACAACUAUCCGCUUCUAACAAAGGCUUUCCGAAGGGUGUUUGGCUCUAGAGUUUCCACAGGCACGCAGUUUAUCAAAGACAUCAUCAGAAAAAGCUCCUGCCCAGAAAUACACAUUUCAAGCUCCUCCGACUCGUUUGAGAUGCUGUCCUGCUAUGUGCACUUUGUGCGGAACAAUCUGCUGAUUUCAUCGAGCUUCGUUUUUGGGCUGGUCAGCACCAUAUGCAUAGUUAUGUGGAAGUGCAUGCUUCCCAUGCUUUCAAGCGCCAGCACCCCAGCCCUUGCUGUGAGCGCGUGCGCUUUAGCUGCGCUGCUCUUCAGCUGGGCCUCGUUCGGGGUGUUUAUUCGGUUCUUCUCUUGGACGUUUGGAUACUCGCACCGGUCUCUGGCCAGCUUGCCGUUUAGCUCUUUGCUAGGAAGCUCGUCUUCCAGCAGCAGCGAGAGCAGCAGCAAAGGAAGCAGCAACAACAGCAACAGCAACAACAGCAGCAGCGAGUCUUCCAGCAUGGCAAGCAUAAUGCCGUCUAAGAGCGAGGUGUUCUAUUCUUCGCUUUUGCCGUCAGAAAGCACUAGCAAGCUUUCAAACAGCAGCGCGCCGUCCAGCCAAAGCAGCGGCAGCUCCAGUCAGCCAUCUAGCAGCCAUAGCAGCAGCCAUAGCGAUAGUUUGCUUUCCAGCUCGCACAAAAGCAGCUCCAGCCAGCCAUCUAGCAGCCAUAGCAGCAGCCAUAGUGAGUCUUCCAGCUCGCACAAAAGCAGUGCGCUGUCCAGCCAAAGCGUUGGAAGCAGCUCAGCCCAGGCAUCUAGCAGCAACAGCAGCAGUAGCAGCAGUAGCAGCAACAGCCAUGGCUCGAUGGGCAGCAGCUCUGUCAGCAUGCCUUUAUCAAAGUCGAUUUUCGGAUCGAACUCUAGCAGACCUUUAUCCAGCUCUAUGUCUAGUUCUGUGCCCAGUUCUAUGUCGAGUUCUAUGUCUAGUUCUGUGCCCAGCUCUAUGUCGAGUUCUGCGGCCAGUUCUGCGCACAGCUCUCAAAAAAGCAGGCUAAGCGAAGGAACCAGUGACAUUUUUGAAAUGAGCUCAGAGUUUUUCCACUUCUUCCCGCUUUUUGCUGCAAACGCCAUGACCUCGGUGGGGCUCAGCAUCUGCAUGAUAUUCUGCUUCCACUCUGCAAUUUCUUUCUUCUCAAAAAGAAGUGCCAGCAGCCUGUUCUUGCUGCUCUGCGCAGGAUACUCCAUUCUAAGCAUCUGCAUGACCGUGGAAAAGUCCAUGUCGCUCUUCAAGUCUUCGCAUAAAAGCUCUCCCAUGCGCGUGCUUUCGCUCUCUUCGCUGAUUCUUUCAGCGGUACUGAUUGUUUCCGUGUCGUCCUUUGGGGUCCUUGAGGUGCUUUCUCUUCUCAGCCACACAAGAUAG